AUGGAGAAUCUGGCGUUCGAGAAGUCUAAAGAUGACCCUCCACUCUACGAGGAGACGUCGUUUAACGGUUAUGGAAACGUGGAGCACCGCUCCGUCCGGCCGUCGGUGGUCAGCGCUUACGGCCACAACACGCUCGACCGGGUUCCAAACAUCGACUUCUACCGGAAUGCGGGGAGCGUGAGCGGGCAGCGCGCCAUCCGACCCUCGCUGCAGGAGCUACACGAGGUCUUCCAGAAGAAUGGAGAUGUGGAUAUCCCUGACACAGUGGAUGAUGGGGAUGGAAGUGAAGGUUUACCAGGUGAUGAUCUGGAAGCUGCGGCUCCUCCAGAAACAGAAGGAGGGUUCAUUAAAUUCGGCUGGAUUAAAGGUGUACUGGUGAGGUGUAUGCUGAAUAUUUGGGGUGUGAUGCUCUUCAUCCGCCUCUCCUGGGUCUUUGGACAAGCAGGAUCAGGACUGGGGAUUAUCAUCGUGCUGCUCAGUAUGGUGGUCACUACAGUCACAUGUCUGUCCAUGUCCGCCAUCUGCACCAACGGAGUCGUACGAGGAGGAGGAGCGUACUACCUGAUCUCUCGCAGUCUGGGCCCGGAGUUCGGCGGUUCCAUCGGACUCAUCUUCGCCUUCGCUAACGCCGUAGCAGUCGCUAUGUACGUGGUGGGAUUCUCCGAGACGGUGGUGGACCUGCUCAAGGUGAACGAUGCCAUCAUGGUGGACGAAGUGAGCGAUAUCCGGAUCGUCGGCUGCAUCACCGUGGUGCUUCUGCUCGGGAUUUCGGUAGCUGGAAUGGAGUGGGAGGCCAAGGCUCAGGUCGUAUUAUUAGUGAUUCUGCUGCUGGCCAUAGUCAACGUGUUCGUGGGAACGGCUAUUCCGGCUACAAAGGACAAAGAGGCCAAAGGUUUCUUCAGCUACCAAGCGUCCAUCAUGGCGGAGAACUUCACCCCAAAUUUCCGGGAUGGAGAGACGUUCUUCUCCGUCUUUGCCAUCUUCUUCCCUGCAGCCACAGGAAUUCUGGCAGGUGCCAACAUCUCCGGAGAUCUGAAGGAUCCUCAAGGAGCCAUUCCCAUUGGCACACUGCUGGCCAUCCUUAUCACAGGAUUGACCUACCUGGGCAUCGCUUUGUGUGUCUCUGCUACAGUGGUGAGAGAUGCUACUGGAUCGAAGAACGACACCAUCAUUGCAGGAAGCAGCUGCAACUUCUCGAUCGCCUGUGAUUUCGGCUACGAUUUCUCCUCCUGCGCCACCACCAAGUGUCCGUACGGCCUGAUGAACAACUUCCAGGUGAUGACGAUGGUCUCUGGGUUCGGGCCCCUCAUCACUGCGGGGACGUUCUCGGCCACCAUCUCCUCCGCCCUCGCCUCCCUCGUCAGCGCUCCCAAAGUCUUUCAGGCGCUGUGUAAGGAUAACAUCUACAGAGCGCUGCACUUCUUCGCUAAAGGUCACGGCAAGAAUAACGAACCCAUCCGAGGCUACGUGCUGACCUUCGUCAUCGCCGUCGCCUUCAUCCUCAUUGCUGAGCUGAACACCAUCGCUCCCAUCAUCUCCAACUUCUUCCUGGCCUCCUACGCCCUCAUCAACUUCUCCUGUUUCCACGCUUCCUACGCCAAAUCUCCAGGGUGGAGACCAGCUUAUAAAUACUACAACAUGUGGUUGUCUCUGUUCGGGGCGGUGCUGUGUUGUGCCGUGAUGUUCGUGAUUAACUGGUGGGCUGCGGUGCUCACCUACGGGAUCGAGAUCUUCCUCUACAUCUACGUUACUGUCAAAAAACCAGAUGUGAACUGGGGAUCGUCGACCCAGGCCGUGACCUUCGUGAACGCCGUGAACAACACGCUGACGCUAUCUGGGGUGGAUGAACAUGUCAAGAACUUCAGGCCUCAGUGUAUCGUGUUAACCGGAUCUCCUAAAAUCCGUCCGGCUCUUCUGGAUCUUGCUCACGCCUUUACCAAAAACUACGGACUCUGUCUCACCUGUGAGGUUUUUGUUGGUCCCCGUCUGGAGCGUCAGCAGGAGCUGAUUGGCUGUAUGGAGCAGAAUCAGAUCUGGCUGAAUAAGCAGAAGAGGAAAGCGUUUUACGCCGCUGUGGCGUCCGAUAACUUCCGCGAGGGAGCAGAGAGUCUGUUACAGGCCUCAGGACUGGGUCGGCUCAGACCGAACACACUGAUGCUGGGCUUUAAGAAAGACUGGAAGACGGCGACCACCACCGACAUCCAGGAUUAUGUAGGAGUUCUGCAUGACGCAUUUGAUUUUGAACACGGUUUGGUGAUGCUGAGGCUGAAUCAGGGACUUGAUAUCUCACACAUCCUUGCUGCUGAAGAGGAGAUGGAGAGGAUACUCCUGGAACAGCAGGCGCUGGAACUGGAGGAAAACGGGUUCGAGGAGGGAGGAAAAGGAUUUUUUAAAUUCUCCAGGAAGUCUCAGAAAGCCGUGCUGGCGACUAAAGCCGUGGAGGUCCCUCACUCGUCAGACAUAGUGAAGGUGAACCAGCGUUUGGUGGACGCCAGCUCGCAGUUCAAGAGGAAGCAGGGGAAAGGAACCAUCGACGUCUGGUGGCUGUUUGAUGAUGGAGGUCUGACUCUGCUGCUGCCGUUCAUUUUAACCACGAGGAAGAAGUGGAGAGACUGUAAACUACGGGUUUUUAUUCCCGGCCAACCUGACCGUGUACAACAGGAUAAAGAAGAGAUGGAGUCUCUACUGAAGAAAUUUCGGAUCAAGUGUACAGACAUCAACGUCAUUGCAGAUCUGAACAUCAAACCCACUUCAGAGAACUGGAAGCUGUUUGAGGAUAUGAUCGAACCGUACCGGCUGCAUGAGGGAUCGAAGGACACGACUCAGGCUGAAACUCUGAGAAAGGAAAAUCCCUGGAAGAUCACCGACGCUGAGCUGGAACGCUUCGAGGAAAAGACGACUCUUCAGGUUCGACUGAAUGAGUUACUGCAGGAGAGCUCCAGAGCUGCUAAACUCAUUAUACUGAGCAUGCCCAUAGCUCGGAAGGGUUUAGUAUCAGAUCACCUGUACAUGGCCUGGCUGGAGUCUCUCACUAAAAAUCUGCCCCCCACGGUGCUGGUGCGCGGAAACCACAAGAGCGUCCUCACCUUCUACUCUUAA